AAUAAUUUUCAAACUGCAGACCUCGACGAAGUGCGCUUGAGACUCUUCUUUCUUAUCUGUAUUCUUGUAUCCAGACUGUGGCGUUGAAAUUCGAUUGCUUCUCCUUUCUACUCUUCUCUGUUCUGAUUCUUGUGACCUGUCUUUGAUUCUCUGAUCUUCUGGCUCUGUGUUAAACCCUGCAGUUCUUAGAAAAGUCAAGGUUUUAGGGUUCUCUGAAAUCUUUCAAAUUCAGAGCGGGUUCUGUUGUUUGGGGUUUAGUUUGUGAAAUUUGGAGUUCUUGCUUGUAAAUUUUGAAGGUUUAAGAGGGUUGGAUUUCUUUUGGAUUCUUGGCGUUGGAUUGUUUGAAAAUGGAAGCAAUGAUGCAGGGGAGGUUUACUCUGGGCAAGCAGUCAUCACUUAAGCCACCGGAGCGCGAUGAUGAAUCGGUGGUGGUUGACGAGCAAGAGAUUCCGGAAGCUAUUGAUGAUACUAUUCGGCUUAUGUAUUUGGCUAACGAAGGAGACCUUGAAGGGAUUGAGGAGCUUUUGAAUUCAGGGACCAAUGUGAAUUUCAAGGACAUUGAUGGACGGACGGCGCUGCAUAUUGCCGCUUGUCAGUGGCGGACUGAUGUUGUUGAAUUGUUGCUACGAAGAGGCGCCGAGGUGGAUCGCAAGGAUCGAUGGGGUAGUACGCCUCUUGCAGAUGCAAUAUAUUACAAAAACCAUGAUGUGAUCAAACUUUUGGAGAAACAUGGUGCAAAGCCUCUGAUGGCCCCUAUGCAUGUCCACAAUGCCCGUGAAGUUCCAGAAUACGAGAUUGAUCCUAAAGAGCUUGAUUUUACUAAUAGUGUUGAAAUAACCAAGGGAACCUUCCGUAUUGCAUUAUGGCGUGGAACACAAGUUGCAGUGAAGACACUUGGGGAUGAUGUCAUUACUGAUGAGGAUAAAGUGACGGCAUUUAGGGAUGAGCUUGCAUUGCUCCAAAAGAUACGACAUCCAAAUGUGGUCCAGUUCUUGGGUGCUGUAACCCAGAGUAGUCCAAUGAUGAUUGUCACUGAAUAUUUACCCAAGGGAGAUUUUCGUGCAUAUUUGAAAAGAAAAGGAGCACUGAAGCCAAUGACAGCAAUCAAAUUUGCACUUGAUAUUGCAAGGGGAAUGAAUUACUUGCAUGAGCAUAAACCAGAAGCAAUUAUUCACCGAGAUCUUGAACCUUCAAAUAUACUUCGGGAUGAUUCUGGACAUCUAAAAGUUGCAGACUUUGGAGUUAGUAAGUUACUGCAAGUUGCGAAUACAGUUAAAGAAGAUAGACCUCUAACAUGUCAAGACACAUCAUGCCGGUAUGUGGCUCCAGAAGUUUUUAGAAAUGAAGAAUAUGACACGAAGGUGGAUGUCUUUUCAUUUGCAUUAAUUCUACAAGAGAUGAUAGAAGGUCGCCCACCUUUUUCAGAAAAAUAUGAAGAUGAAGUUCCCAAGUCAUAUGUUGCAAAAGAACGCCCACCUUUUAGAGCUCCAGCAAAGCAUUAUCCGCAUGGAUUAAAAGAGUUAAUCGAGGAAUGCUGGAGUGAGAAGCCAUCACAGAGACCAACAUUCAAAACAAUAAUUGGCAGGCUGGAUGAGAUUAAUAACCGUCUUUCUCACAAAAGGCGUUGGAAGGUUAGACCACUGAAGUGCUUCCAGAACCUUGAGGCAAUAUGGAAGAAAGAUCCUUAUAAUCCGAGCAGCCGUUCGUGUGAAUCUAGAAAUGGAUGAAUGAAUUCCAACUGUUACGGUUGGAAAUUACAUCAAGAGAGUUUUUUUUUUUUUUUUCCUUUUUUUUUAGCUUUUGUUUCCUGCAUGGUGGCGAUUUAAGUAGAUGUCAGGCAUAUUGCUUUAAACAAAUGGUCCACUGUUGAGUAAGUGGAACAUUUGUUCAAUUGUUGGCUCUCCCUUUGAAUUUUCCGGGCUGAGAGCAACAGUUUGCAUACAUGUCAUUGAAAUACUGUGAUUGUUGUUCAUUUAAGCUGAUGAUGUAUAAGAAGAACAAUUUAUGCAUUUUAAGGAUUUCUUUGGUGAGUUAA